AUGGUUCCUGUCAUAACAGAGACGUUGGUGGUUCCUGCCAUAAUAGAGACGUUGGUGGUUCCUGUCAUAAUAGAGACGUUGGUGGUUCCUGUCAUAAUAGAGACAUUGGUGGUUCCUGCCAUAAUAGAGACGUUGGUGGUUCCUGUCAUAAUAGAGACAUUGGUGGUUCCUGUCAUAACAGAGACGUUGGUGGUUCCUGCCAUAAUAGAGACGUUGGUGGUUCCUUUCAUAAUAGAGACGUUGGUGGUUCCUGCCAUAAUAGAGACAUUGGUGGUUCCUGCCAUAACAGAGACGUUGGUGGUUCCUGCCAUAAUAGAGACGUUGGUGGUUCCUGCCAUAAUAGAGACGUUGGUGGUUCCUGUCAUAAUAGAGACAUUGGUGGUUCCUGCCAUAAUAGAGACGUUGGUGGUUCCUGUCAUAAUAGAGACGUUGGUGGUUCCUGUCAUAAUAGAGACGUUGGUGGUUCCUGCCAUAAUAGAGACGUUGGUGGUUCCUGCCAUAAUAGAGACGUUGGUGGUUCCUGCCAUAAUAGAGACAUUGGUGGUUCCUGCCAUAAUAGAGACGUUGGUGGUUCCUGUCAUAAUAGAGACAUUGGUGGUUCCUGUCAUAACAGAGACGUUGGUGGUUCCUGCCAUAAUAGAGACGUUGGUGGUUCCUGCCAUAAUAGAGAUGUUGGUGGUUCCUGUCAUAAUAGAGACAUUGGUGGUUCCUGCAAUAAUAGAGACGUUGGUGGUUCCUGUCAUAAUAGAGACGUUGGUGGUUCCUGUCAUAAUAGAGACGUUGGUGGUUCCUGCCAUAAUAGAGACGUUGGUGGUUCCUGCCAUAAUAGAGACGUUGGUGGUUCCUGCCAUAAUAGAGACGUUGGUGGUUCCUGCCAUAAUAGAGACGUUGGUGGUUCCUGCCAUAAUAGAGAUGUUGGUGUUUCCUGCAAUAAUAGAGACGUUGGUGGUUCCUGCCAUAAUAUAG